AUGUAUAGACUUGAGGGCGCUCGUGAUCCCCCAUUCCCUGGAACGCCUGAAGAUUAUAUUAACCUGUAUUCAGAAUGUUGGGAUGAAGAUCCCGAUAAGCGGCCCUCUUGCGCAAAUGUUUACGAGAGGUUGAAAAAUUGUCCACAAGAAUCCAGUACUGAUGGUGGUAGCAACGAUGAAGAGGCGGACAAUCGAAAGGAAAAUAUACAGAGGAAGCUUCAUGCGCUCACAACGAGUAUAGAAGAGGGCGUAAUGUUUGUGCGGGCUUUAUGCAAUAGGUUAGACCAGGCUUGA